CCACACGCUUUCGUUCCCCUCUUCACUCCUCGGCGAGUGCCACUGCGUGAGAAACGAAAAUGCCCGGGCAUGAGAGCGAGAGUGCGGCUGCGUUUCUCGGUUUCAGAAGGUCUCCAGGUGAAACACAGUGGCUUUUGCAGAAAAACGCAACCUGCGUAGCGGAAGAGCGAAACAGGUGGUGCGUGUCAAACUCUUGAGUGGGAUGAUGGAUGGAGGAAACUCUGGGAUAACUGCAGAGUGGGGACAGCAAGGAGACACGCGCAGAACAGACAUGAGAAACCUCGGACUCUGUUCGGCUCGUCCGUGUCUGAGUAUGCGAGGCGUUGAUGAGGUUCGCAACUUCGUACUGAGGAUGAGUUCAUGCAAGAACGAGAAAGAAAACGCGCGUCGGUUUUUGAAGGCGGCUGGCGUGUUUCCCUCUCAACCCGCAGGUGUAUGCACAGAAUGAUGAGUUUGGCUCACAGACAAACCUCGUUUCGCCAGACUCUGAAGUGCUCACUUGGGUUGCAGUCGGUGACUGCUGCGUCUACCCACACAGAGCGGAGGAGCAAAGAGGGAAUCUGUUCAUCGAUGUGCGGGGUGAGAAUGUAUCUCAGCCGACCCGCUUUUUUUCCUGGGGGAGUGAAAGCCUGUUGGAUGGGGUGUGGACACGCCUCACAAGACCUGCCAUGCAGAGAAAGAACCAUCUGUUCCUGCAUGCUGUCGAGUUCGUCGCGAGUGUAGAAGCUUGUGGCUCUGCACUCGCUGUGUGUCCGGGGAUACACCCGCCGAAUUACUACAUGCGCAUCAUGGAUGUCUCAGUGUCGAAAGUUCAGAUCUGUACCAAAAACCCGCUUGAGAGGCAGCCUUUUGUAGCAGUCUCGUUGACUCAAGGUGCGUGUCCUCGCCACGGCACUUUGCUAGUCCGGACGCAUGCGCCGGUUUUAUGUUGGCCGCAGGUGGCCCACGCCGGCCUUUUUAUUUAUCGUCGUUUUUCCGUAAAAGGACAUGUCCUUCUUCGUUUCGUUUUAUGCUUCUGUGUUUGCCGCGUCGGCAGGACAUGCUCCACCUGUUCCAUAGGCAAUGGCGAGCAAGGUUCCGGAGCCCGCCUACGCGUGAAGCCCGUUAGACAGAUGUGCGAAUGAGAGAGAGAGAGUGAAGACACACCACCGGCAUCCCAGUGGACUGCUUGGGAAGCCAAAAUUUUUGGAUUUCACUACCCUACCGAGUAAGAGAGUGAAUGUGAGAGCGUACUGUCGAACUUCGCUCACGGUCUCGGAUGUCUCUUCUCUUUUGCAGCCACGAAAGAGGUGGUUCGGCGACGCGGCGUCUCCCCUUGUGUGUGUAGGGCGUUUCGCAGUGUUCAUCGGCUACUUUCGCCUCGCUACCGUGGUGGCGUCUCUCCUUUCCAGGUGGGGAAACGCUUGUGGAGGGUGAGAACGGUACAGACAACCGCCACUCAGCUCCCGGAGAUGGGCGUUUCCUUCCUUUGUCGACAUGUUCGUAAGGGUUUUCGUUUUUGGGGGGCCGAGCGGGACCAGGCGAGCAUUCAUGGCACCAUGCCGCUCUUGUGAGUUGUGCCUCUCGUCGUUCAUUCGUCCCCAGGGGGGCGAUGUUUAUGAAUUUUCGCGACAGGUGGAGAAAUACUCGGCAGGUGCCCCGUGUUUGGCCAGAGUCACGAGACCCCGACCCACACUGGUUUCCCACUGUGGCCGAGUGAUCGUGUGUUUUAUCGACAUUCUACCUUUCCAGAAGAGAACUCAUCACCUCUCGAAUUCAGACAUACAGCAGACGCAGCCUGGACGUGAACCGGAUGUGCUGAGAGGUGGCAGCACAGGAAGACAGUUGCGAGACACGUUCAAAACGUUUCCCGGA